UUUACCAUCUGAGGGGCGUGGCGAAGGAAGGCGUUUUGCAGGUGCUUGGCAGGUCCGAGUUCAGUUUAACCUGUUUGUUCACUGAUAUGCUGUCUGAGCAACGUUAUAGAUAGGGUUUCUUUUUGCCGAUUGACCAUCAGAAUUAAGCACCCUUAAGGUGAUUCCCAGCUCUUAUAAUGGCCACCUCAGGCUACGUAGGUGAGAUCCAGCCAGCAGCCCAACCCCAGGGGUCUGUUGUUACCAUCACACCGGGGCAUCCUGACGCCAGUUCUACCCCUGCAUCUGGCCCUCAGUUUCUGGCUGAGAUUCAGUCUGCUGUGGCCACACCAACUGUUGUCACAUCCACAGGCCAAACUACUCCCACUGACCAAGACACCUCCAUCAACACUCCGAAGCCUGCAGAUGGUAGUCAAGCCCAGUCCACCGCACAGGCCCAGCCUCCUCAGACACAGUAUGUGACUGCAGAGAUCCAGGGCUCCCCCACACAGUCUGGAAAUGCUCAAAGCACUCCUCAGUACAUCGUUGUUACAGUCACAGAGGGCUCCCUUCACUCAUGUGACAGUGUGUCGGACUCUAGCCCCCCUCCAGCUGUGGUGCAAACAGGAGUUCCCACACAGGUUGUUCAGCAGGUUCAGACGGCUCAACAGAGGUCCGUGGUGCAGGCCACUUCUCAGAUAGCCAAGACUGAGCCAGGUACACAGCUCAGUGUCACCAGUCUACAGCCUGUUCACAUCAGCCAGGAGGUCCAGCAGCAGCUCACACCAGUGCCAGUGCAACAUGUGUACGCCAAUCAAGUGCAGUAUGUUGAAGGAGGAGAGGCCAACUACACCACCAGCACCAUCCGGUCGAGUGCCUUUCCUUAUACUGACACACCACUGUACACCCAGACCACAGCUGCCCAGUAUUAUGAAGGUCAGCCAACUUCCGUCUCACAGGCCUCCACCCCUGGCACACCUCUAACCGUCUCUGUGACUGCUGGCACAACAGGGGGUGUGUCCAUGUUUGUUGCCCAGCCCACCAGUGCAGCAGGUGGAGGGGCCACGGUGGUGACCACAGGUGGCACCACCAAUGGGGCAGGGGAAGGGGCAGGCACCAACGGGGGCGCAGCAGGCAGCUAUGUGAUCCAGGGGGGUUACAUGCUGGGCAGCAGCAGCGGAGGGGCAGCUGGCAACAGUCAGAGCUACUCACACACCGCCCGCGCCUCUCCAGCCACUGUGAGUAUUACAGAAGGCGAGGAGAGUAGCGUGCCGUCGGCAGACAAGAAGCUAUUUUCUUUUUUUUCUUUGCCUGCGUGUCAGGUACAGUGGUUGCUGGACAACUAUGAGACAGCUGAAGGAGUGAGUCUGCCACGUUCCACCCUCUACUGUCACUAUCUGCUGCACUGCCAGGAGCAGAAACUAGAGCCUGUUAAUGCUGCCUCCUUCGGGAAACUCAUUAGAUCUGUGUUCAUGGGGCUCCGCACCCGACGCCUGGGCACACGGGGUAAUUCCAAAUACCACUACUAUGGGCUGAGGAUCAAGGCAGGCUCUUCUCUUCUCCGUCUGAUGGAAGACCAGCAGCAUCUGGCCAUGAGGCAGCAGCCCUUCUCACAGAAACAGAGGUUGAAGCCUGUGCAUAAAGUAGAGGGAAUGACCAAUGGCACCGCAGCAGGAGCAGGCCAGCAGCAGCAACAGCAGCAGGGAUCAGGGCAGGUGGACAUCAGCACCCAGGUUCAGCAGUACCAGCAGUUCCUAGAUGCAUCUCGAGCUCUCCCAGAGUUCCCAGACAUCGACCUCCAGGGGAAGUCUCUGCCAGAGGGAAUUGAGCUGGAGCACAUAAAGAGCUUUCAGCUGCUGUACAGAGAGCACUGUGAGGCUAUACUAGAUGUGAUGGUCAACCUGCAGUUUACCCUGGUGGAAACUCUGUGGAAGACCUUCUGGAGGUUCAGCCAGAGUCAGGCUGGAGAUGCCACGUUGGCUGUUCAUGACGAGUCAGAGAAGCGCCUCCCUAAGUCCUGCCUGGUGCUGCUGUGCAAGUAUGAUCCGGUGCUGCGCUGGAGCCGGGACUGUGACAACAGCCUGUACCAGGCCCUGGUGGAGAUCCUCAUCCCUGAUGUCCUCAGGCCCAUCCCCAGUGCCUUAACUCAAGCCAUCCGCAACUUUGCCAAGAGCCUGGAGAGCUGGCUGACCAAUGCCAUGAUGAACAUCCCGGAGGAAAUGGUCCGCAUCAAGGUAACAUCAGCCAAUGCAUUUGCCCAGACACUGCGUCGCUACACCAGUCUGAACCACCUCGCCCAGGCAGCCCGCGCUGUGCUCCAGAAUACAGCCCAGAUCAACCAGAUGCUCUCUGACCUCAACCGCGUCGACUUCGCUAACGUCCAGGAGCAGGCUUCAUGGGUGUGCCGGUGUGAAGACCGAGUUGUUCAGCGGCUGGAGCAGGACUUCAAGCUGACCCUCCAGCAGCAGAACUCUCUGGAGCAGUGGGCUGCGUGGCUGGAUGGUGUAGUCUCCCAGGUCCUAAAGCCCUACCAGCAGAGCCCUGCCUUCCCAAAGGCCGCCAAGCUCUUCCUACUCAAGUGGUCCUUUUACAGUUCCAUGGUGAUCAGGGACCUGACCCUGAGGAGUGCAGCCAGUUUUGGUUCCUUUCACCUGAUCCGCCUGCUGUAUGAUGAGUACAUGUACUACCUGAUAGAGCACAGAGUGGCCCAGGCUAAAGGAGAGACCCCCAUUGCUGUCAUGGGAGAGUUUGCCAGUUUAGGCCGUGGGCUAAAUCAGCUGGAUCCCGACAAAGAAGAGGAAGAGGAAGAGGAGGACGAGAGUGAUGAUGAAAGUCAGGAGCUGUCCCUUCCCUCGGACGGGGUCGUGCUAGGAGACGAGUCACUGGAGCCGCCUGCCAAGCUGGCCAGAAUGGACCAGAGAGUCCUCUUCACAACCGGAUCAGUUGACGACUAACCACAGAGUAACACUACUAGACGUGGGUUGAUCAUAUUGAAUAUGCACACACACAAAGAUGUACAAAGAACACUGAUUGAUACACUCGACACAUGUAUAUAGAUCUUGUAAAUGUGCGUGCACACUCUCGCUGCAUACUGUAACUGUCCCACUUGUUUACGCACACACACAAUCAAAACAUUCAGUACUGCUGUUGCCUGGAUGGCACAACCACCUGUUGGCACCAUCGAUUCAAUACACAAUUAUUGGCAGUGCAAUAGGAUGUGGCUUCAAAACCCAGAGAGCCAAUGUGAUGAAAAAAAUGAUUAUUAUAAUGAGAAAAGUUCUCAAAAUAAUGACUUAGUAUGUAAAAAUAAUAACAUAUCUCAAAAUAACAAGAUAGCAUCUAAAAAUAAUGACUUAUUAUAUGUGAUAUAUAUAUAAUAUAUAUGACUUAAGUUUGUCAUUAGAUAGUAUGUUAUUAUUUUGAGAUAGUAUGUUAUUAUUUGAGAUAGUAUGUUAUUAUUUGAGGUAGUAUGUUAUUAUUUAGAGAUAGUAUGUUAUUAUUUGAGGUAGUAUGUUAUUAUUUAGAGAUAGUAUGUUAUUAUUUGAGGUAGUAUGUUAUUAUUUGAGGUAGUAUGUUAUUAUUUUGAGAUAGUAUGUUAUUAUUUGAGGUAGUAUGUUAUUAUUUGAGGUAGUAUGUUAUUAUUUUGAGAUAGUAUGUUAUUAUUUGAGGUAGUAUGUUAUUAUUUUGACAGUAUAUCAUUAUUUUGAGAAGGUUUCUCAUUAUAAUGACUAAUAUGACAUUCAUCACAUUGGUGGAAAUGGGCUUCCACAUGGAAAAACACAGAGCAUUUUAACCCUCAGUUGUACUGAUCUGUAAAAAUUAACUAAAGCCAGGCAUGUUUUUUUUCUUUCUCUCUCAUUGCAUUGCAACCUGUAGCCUCGCUGUCUCCUUGCUGAGAAACAUCUGCUCCCCCUAGAUCCUCCUAAAACUGUCACUGCCGUAUCAAAGUGGUCUUAAAAUACUGUGAUGUGUAUGUGCGUGUGUAAAGGUAACUUCUACAGGAGGAGGAUGCAAAGUGGAUCUUCAACAGUAAACGGUUGCUGAAUUUAGUUUUCACUAAUAAUUCACGGCCGUGGGAAGUUGUGUCGUUCAGAAGGGAAGAGACAUUUGUGAGAGACAGCAGGCGGUAGGGAUUUUUGGGUGGGUUUGUCUUCUUUGUGUGUGUUUGUGUAUUUUCUGUUUGAGCACUGGGGGUCACACCGCUCUGCUGUUACUUCUGGAGGCUGACUGAAUGUGUGUGUGUGUGUGUGUGUGUGUGUGUGUGUGUGUGUGUGUGUGUGUGUGUGUGUGUGUGUGUGUGUGUGUGUGUGUGUGUGUGUGUGUGUGUGUGAUUGUGAGUCAUGCCAAGUGUUGACUGUUUCCUCUGUAGAUAUUUUUUAAGGCAUUCAGGUUUUGAUUUGGGAGACGUGUCUAGAUUACCUGUUUAAUUUUAUUCGCCUGUAAAGAAAUAAACCUUCUUGUGUUCUUGGAGUGCCUGUCGUAGCUGCUACUCACACUUGUAAAGAAAAAAGCUACGGCUGUGGAAUUGGGGCUCCCAUUAGUUGCUGCAAAAAAUCCUCUCUCUUUUAUUGAACCUCUGGUUCCAUGAGAGAGGUACUGUAUGUGUCAUAUUUUUUUGUUCAAAGUGCUUCAUUCCUGUCCAUCCAAUAAGUUCCUUUGUGUCCUCAUUUUCCAUUGACAUAUCAUUUUCCCGCCUUAUUUCAAUAUGCUUUUCCAUGUGUGUGCCAAACCCGUUUGCUUUUAUCCUUGAUCUCAUUGUUUUAAAUGAUCUUUUAUGUUUUAAGGAGGACUGUGCCUGAGUAAGAACGCUGAUAUACUUAUAUUCUACUGUAUAUUUAUCCACUACUUUGAAUUUUGUUGUCACUAAGUGAACCUCUUGUGCAGUGUAUGGUGCUGUGUUGUCACACAUUGUAAGCAACCUUUGUGUGCAUUAUUGAUUUGUGAUUGUACGUUCAGUUAUCAAUCCUAUAUCAUAUCUGAUGGCUUUUCCACGAACAGGCUAAGGCCCUGCCUCUUUGCACAUAUUGACUAUUGUCUUUAAAACUACGACGAGUUAUCUGAAAUGUUUUUCACUUUCUUUGAAGUCUUAGGUGUUUUUUUGAUGGUGGGGUGCAGGUGUCAGAUUUUGUGCGAACAUCUCCUACCACUCUUUGUGGUGAGAGGUGAGAUUGCUCUUUCUGCACAGUCCUCCACCAACACUCAUCUCCCUCCACUGUGCUUUCAUCUCACUGCGUUUCCGCCCUCCUGCCAAUGGCUUUGUUUUGCUUCAAACAUCCAUAUUCUUAAACACUGUUCGUCAUGAUUGGUGGUCGUAAACAUGUCAUUUUUGGAUUUUUGAAUACAAUGUCUUUAAAUAGCUGCAAUGUUCAUGUUUUCAACAAGCAUUGCCAGCCUCAAACCAGCACAUCAUCCUUUAUAUGGACUCCACCACAGCUGAGUACAUAUCACUCCAGUCUUUCAGUGAUCUACAGCAUAUAGAAUGGCCAUUGUUUACCCAGUAAGAAAAAUGUUUAGUCAUUUUUAUAGUGCAUUGUUUCUUAUGUACAAAACAAAUUGAGAAAAAAGAUGUUCAGUGGCAGUGUUUUAUGAAUUUGGUCUGCUAUAAGUAUGACUGUGCCUUUGGAGGUGGUAGAAUGCAAUUCAGAUGUUUUUAAUUUUAAAGAUAUAAAUUAAAGAAUUUUUAAAAUUGCACUCUUGUAGAUUUAUUUACCUUGAGGUUUAACAGAAGUGUCUGUUUUGGUACCAGUGUUAACAGUUAGUACAGUCAUAUGCCUCGAUGCAUCAGUAAUGUCUUGUGGCUAAAAGAUAGACAGGAGUGUGGUCUGACAUGCAGCCACAGUUUUACUAAUCUUACACCUUUUUUUUCAAAAUGUACUUCCUGGCUCGUACUCACACACUUCUGUUAUCACUUCUGCUGCAUUGUACAGGGUAGAUACUGGAACAGAAACCACAAAUAUUUCCAGUCUAUUUUAUGAAACUACGUCAUCUUUUUUGUUCAGUAUACACAGUAACAGAUCAAAUGUGAUGUCAAUUUUAAAUGUGUGAAAACUGAAAAAGCUGCAGAUUCUGUUAUUCUUUUAAAAAGAUAUCAUCUUGAAAACUA